AUGGACUUUCUAUCUAAGCUAAGGGGAUCAACUGAAAUCAAAGAAAUUCUGAACAGUGAUGGCCACUGUUCCAUUCCAAGAAUAGUGGAAGAUUAUGAAGCAGUUGUUGGGAUAACAGCCAUCACUGAUACCAGAAAGGAGGGGCCUUCAUCACUUCACACUUUGCCAUUUAUUAACUCCUUGAGGGAAGUGUCCUCUCAACUGCAAACAUUUCAGGCCUCUCCUGAGACUCCAGAUGGAACAGCCUGUGGUUCAGCGCUGAAUGCUGCCCGUCAAAUUUUGUAUUGGUCGUCUGUUUUUAUUUCAAUGAUGGAGGCCAGCAAUACAGGGCAGCCUACAUGUACCGUAUCAUUAUCCACUUCCACAUCUACAUUGUCAACACCAACAUCAUCUACAUCAGUGUUAGCUUCAUCAACAUCAUCUGCAUCAACAUCAUCUGCAUCAUCAUCAUCUGCAUCAAUAUCAUCUGCAUCACCAUCAUCUGCAUCAACAUCAUCUACAUUGGCAUUAUCUAGUUUGACAUCAUCUGUAUUAACAUCAUUUACCUUGACAUCUUCUGUAUCCACAUCACCUACAUCAUCUACGUCAUCUUUAUCCAGUCAUAACCCACCUGCUACAACUUGUGCAUCUUUGUUGUCAAAUGUUAUUCCACUAUCAGUGCAACAGGACCUGCAUCCUUUAUCCUCAUUUAAUCAGCAGUCUUCCCGCUCAGUAGUAAAUCCUCAACCUUCCACUUCAGAUACUCUGCCAUUUGGUCAGCAUUCUCUGUCAUUUCCUCCAGUUUUUUCUGCUACUGGUUGUACAGCGUCUCCGUUUUUUCAUGCUCAGCUAUCUUCAUCAACUCCACUCCUACCUUCCACAUUAUCUGGACAACCUGCAACAUUGCCUCCUCAAGCUCCCUCUAUCUCAUCCUUGCCAGUGGAAGUCACACCAUCACCAUUCCAACAAGUUUCAUCAUCUUUAAGCCUGUCACAUCCGUCAUGUAGUCAGCCUUCAUCUUCACAGUCAAGUGUCCAUAAUUAUUCAAUUUCAUCUAUAUUCUGCCCAGUCAUUUCAUCCACUGCAUCCACUGCCUUGCAGACAUUUCAUCAAAAUUCUCCUGCUCCAGCUCUUCAGCUAUCUUCACCCUCAGUUUCAUCUGUUUUGUAUCAUCAAGUGCCACCAGCAUGCUCUUCUGUGGUAUUAGAUCCUGUGACUCUUAACAUCCAUGCCAAAUAUGGUCUUCCUGGUCAAUCCUGUUUAGACUGGCUAAAUUCAUUAACAAUUCCAAGAAAUGUUGAAAGUCUGGAGCAAGUGAAGGAGAUCUGGGAGCUUGAAGCCAACAUUGUCCACCAUUAA